CUUUGAAGUCGUUGCUAUGCCGCAAAGAUAAAAGCGUCUCAGAUGAAGAAUUUGAGAAGAUUGACAGAUCAGACCUCACGCGACAUUAGUCCUGAUCUCAAGUUGGAGGAACACUCGCGAAACUCUCUCUGUAGGAGGCGACAGGCGACGUGGUGACAGCAAUUAUUUACAUCGCAACCACAGCAUAGAGUUAUUUAUCUGGGAAUUAAUGUUAUUUUUAAUAUCAAAGCAGAAGUGAAGACCUGUAUUGUGAAUGACUGAAGCCAUGGCUUACUGGAUCCAGCUUCACUGGAGAAUCUGGCUGUUGCUUCCACUGGCUCUGGAUCAUCUUGCUCUCGCUGAAGAUCCGAAGCCCACCAGAUGGCCUCUUUACCCUCAGAAGCCUGUGGUUCUGGUCUGGAACGCCCCAACAGAAGACUGCAGGCCUCGGCAAAACAUCCACCUCCAGCUCGAUCAGUUUCAGAUUGUGGCCUCUCCGAACGAAGGCUUCACCAAGCAGAACCUCACCAUGUUCUACAAAGACCGUCUAGGUCUGUAUCCGCACUUUCAGGAUGGAGUGCCUGUCAGUGGUGGACUACCGCAGAUGGCCAGCCUCACGCACCACCGAGAGAAGAUGCCGGAGGGGAUUGCGAAGUACAUUCGCGACCCGUCUGCACGAGGCCUGGCCGUGAUCGACUGGGAGGAAUGGCGUCCGAUUUGGAUACGAAAUUGGGACGCCAAAAACAUUUACAAGAUCCAAUCACAGCGCUUAGUGGCUCAGAAAAACCCAGGCUGGACUCAAAACCAGAUAAAAAAAGUAGCCCAGCAGGAGUUUGAGAUGUCCAGCCGUGCAUUCAUGCUGAAGACGUUAAUGCUGGCCAAAAGCUUGCGUCCGAACCAGCUUUGGGGCUUCUACCUCUUUCCUGACUGCUAUAACCACGACUAUCGUCGCAGUCUGGAGAACUACACGGGACGCUGCCCGGAUGUGGAGGUGGCCAGGAACGACCAGCUGAAGUGGCUGUGGACUGAAAGCACAGCUCUGUUUCCAUCCAUAUACAUGAAGUCCGUGUUGCGUUCAUCAUCCUCCGGUCGCCAGUUUGUCCGAAACCGGGUGAAGGAGGCAAUGAGAUUGGCGGCAGUGGGAGAGGGAUUGGCACGUCCUGUUUUUGUCUACAGCCGGCCUACGUAUGACGAUGAGCUGCAACUGCUGACAGAGAUGGAUUUGGUGUCCACCAUUGGAGAAAGUGUGGCUCUGGGUGCAGCUGGUAUCAUUUUCUGGGGUGAUGCUGCUUAUGCCAGCAGCAAUGGCACUUGUUCCAGUCUGAACCAGUACUUGCGGGGUCCACUGGGCCGUUACCUCCUCAACGUCUCCACAGCAGCCGAGCAGUGCAGUCGCUUCCUGUGCAGUUCCCACGGCCGCUGUCUGCGCAGACAUCCCAACAUGGACACGUAUCUGCAUCUUGACUCAGUGACUCACACGAUAGUAAGCGAGGGGAGUGAACUGCGCGUGAAGGGAGAUGUGAGUAAGGAAGAGCAGCGGCGGAUGAGUGAAGACUUCCAGUGCCAGUGUUUCAGUGGGUAUCAGGGCGAGAGGUGUGAUCUCGAGGACCCUCUUCAGCAGCAGGGAGACGGACAUGCAUUGAAAGCAUUAUGGAUUUACCUUCUCACUCCAUUGCUGCUGCAUUUACUGACCUGAGCAUACGCCACAGACACUUGAACUUUGCUUAUGAAAUGCUUGGCUGGUCAGUGCGCUCCAAGUGCUGUUGUGAAAAGGGUCCUUCGCUUUCAUGAAGUCAUGUGGGUGAGCUUGAAAUCGACAUUUACACAGGAAACUCAGAGUUCCUUGGAGUUUAAAUAAGCACUUUUGUUUGUUGUCACACGUUACUCACACAAAAGUUGAGCCAGAUGUAGGAUAUUGUGCAACUGGAAAAUCUAAUGAAGAUUUAUGACUAACUGAGGAGUGGAUUCAUUCAGAAGAAGUCUUUGCUUUAAAACCGUUUAAACUGGUGCACAAUUACGUUUUAAGUGGCUUUCUUGGUUUGAGUGUAGAUUUGAGAUUUGACUAUAAAGAUGUAGGUUAUCUAACACUACAGUGUAGGGUGCAAACGUCAUAUGUAGUUAAGCAAAUACACAUGUUUUGUUUGAAUAGGAUUCUGAGCCUUAAAGGAACAGUUCAACCUAAAAGGAAAAUUGUCAUUUUUUACUCCAUAUUACAUCGUUUAUAUUUAAGUCUUUUCCUGAAUACCUUCAGAAGACUUGAAAUAUAGUACAUGAGCUGUGUGAACCACUUU